AUGCCUCCGAACCAAGAGGCCAAAUUAGCAGAGACGAGUCCUUCCGACGGCCAGGACGCGCACGCCACGCAAAACUCGCAGGCUGACUCCACCGAUGUGUCCCCGGCACCAAAAGACUCCUCGGGAGAGCCGGCCGAGAGCAGUGACGCAGCUUCCAAAGCUCGUCAAAGGCGGGACAGAUUUAAGGCUCUGCAGGCCCGUGCUAAAUCUUCGGCAGAGCGUAAUUUGAAAGAAACUGCCGCGGAAACCCAACGCUUAGCGACCGAUCCGGCUCUCGUCUCGUCGUUAUCACGCAAACAUGCAUUCGCAUCCCACAACCUGCUCAAGGCCGACACGGAGGCUGCCGGCGAGGAUUUCGAACGCAAGCGUGCUUGGGAUUGGACGGUGGAUGAAUCAGAGAAAUGGGACAAACGGAUGGACAAAAAACAACGCCACCGAGACGACGUUGCGUUCCAGGAUUACACCCAGGAUGCAAGGAAGGUUUAUAAACGACAACUACGGGAGAUGGCGCCGAACCUUGAAGGAUACGAACGUGAUAAGAUGGCAUCGAUCGAGAAAGCUGCAGCUAAUGGCGACCUGGAGAUCGUUGAAACCAACGACGGGGAGUUGAUCGCAGUGGAUAAAAACGGCUCUUUCUACUCCACAGCUGACAGCGUCGGGUUUACCGACAAUAAGCCUGAUCGAGCCGCUGUCGACAGGCUAGUGUCGGAUCUAAAGAAGGCCGAAGAGGUUCGUCUCAAGAAGAGGAGGGACCGUCGUGGGGAUGAUGAGGGAGAUGUCACGUACAUCAACGAGAAGAACAAGCAGUUCAACCAGAAGUUGUCGCGCUUCUACAACAAGUACACCACGGAGAUCCGGGAUAGUUUUGAGCGUGGUACUAUGAUAUGA